GUUUUAACCGUACGGUUACUCGAAUGCUGUCAUGUUGGCGGUCAUUGCGUUUCUCGCGUACAUCGCUUCGGCAUUAGCGUAUAAUGCUGGUGCCGAAUGUGCAGUCUCUACGAAGUAUAAAAUCGGCGAUCUCAAGGAGCCUCAACCAUUGCUCCUAAAGCGGGCCACCAAAAGUACGAUCAUUUGGAAUCCGGAUAAUGAUAAUGGAACGCUAAGUAUACGAGCGGACGACUUCAUUUACUUAGCAUGCCCAGGCAAAGACAAUUAUCUCAAAAACAGAAGUUGGGGUAAUGAGGCCAAAGCAGUUUGUGUCGAGGAUAAGGUGUUUGACGUGAAUGAAGCUCGCCACAAUUUCUCAUCCUUAGUUUGCAAAUCUCAUCCCAAGCAUUAUGCCAAGCACACGGGCUCGCUACCUUGUCUUGACAGACACAGUCCCAUCGAGAUUGGUUUCAACGUGAGCAGCACUUUCAUCCGCACUAUUGAAUUAUGUCGCGACGACAAAACGUAUACGACAUACUAUACAAAGUUCAAGAUGUCAAAAAUGAUCCAAAGUUAUCAACAAAGCUAUCCCAGACCCCCCAAGUUUUUAGCGGGCAGAUUUUAUCCUGGGAUAAAUUUAGACCAUUUAUAUAAAUUCGAAACCCAGUUAAGCACGCUUGCUAGAAUUCUGAAUUCAACCGAGUUGGCUCAAGAACGAUUGAAAAAGUCGGUGCAAUUCCUCUCUCGCGGUCAUAUGGUUGCCAAAGCGGACUUCAUUUACGGCACUCUGCAGAGAACAACUUUUUGGUACUUAAACACUGCACCUCAGUGGCAGACCUUUAACGGUGGUAAUUGGAAUUCGCUGGAGGUCAGCGUCAGACGCUUCGCUUCCAGCCGCCGUUUGGAUCUCGACGUUUACACGGGAGUGCACGGUCAGAUGACCAUGGAGGACAUUCGUGGCAAACAGCAGCCCGUCUACCUGCAUGCCGAGGGUGCAAUCGUUUCCGCACCCAAGUUCUAUUGGAAAGUCAUCUACGAUCCAUUGAGCAAGCGGGGUACGGCGUUUGUAGGCCUCAACGAUCCGUUCAUCAAGUCGGUUACAGAUGAUCUAUAUCUCUGCACGGAUAUCAGCGAGAAGAUCAAAUGGCUGAAUUGGAGACCUCGCGAUAUCACGGCCGGCAUAUCUUAUGCCUGCAGCAUUGCUGAUUUACGAAAGGCGAUACUCGUGAUACCAAUGUUCGAUGUGAUCGACAUUCUAAUGUAACACAGAUGAGUAACACUUGAUUCCGUCCAAUCAUACCUCAGAAAUACGAAUUUAAGAGUAAAAAUUUCUAAUCGUGACAAUAAAUUGACUGUAGAUUUUGUAUAUAUUUAAAAUAUUUCUUAUUUAUACACGUACUAAAAAUAUAUGAGAAAUUAAAAAAUAAUCCAAAUAAAUGUAAAAAAUUUGUCAAUGUGCGAAAACGGACUGCGCAACAUUAUAUAAUGUACGAGAUAGGAUAUAGAAUGAUAUACAGUCAACACAAAUCUCUACAAGUCGAAGUAAGGACAGUAUACGAUACUGAACAUACUAAGCAGAUACUUUAUCUUCGAUACGAGCGAGGUGUCGAUAACAGGAAAGCAACAUCCGUGUGUUUAAAAUGCUGAAUAUAAACGUUAAGAAUUUAUUACAGAUAAUAUUCUAUCAAAAUAUAUUGCAUCAAGACUUUUAAAAUAAAUAUAGAAUAGCGUUGACGCAUAUAUUAUAUUGUAC